AUUUUGGUGCUCAAAUUAAUCCAACUCUCGCCAAUUUUGGUGCUCAAGUUAAUCCAACUUCCAUCAAUUUUGGAGUUCAAGUAUCUCCAGAUCCAACAUAUGAAAGUCUUUUAGGGCAGAUUAGUAAGCUUGAAAGUGUUAAUAGGCAAUUAUUAGCCAAAAAUAAAGAGUUAAAAAAAAAGCUUUACAAAAGAUUUACUAACCAACAAGAUC